GGUCAAACGCCUGCGUAAACCCACCUUUCAACCUACGAUUUCGAAAACCCAAAAUCAGAUCAGAUUCUUCCAUUUUCCAAGCGGUUCUUUUCCGGCCGCUACGGUUUCAUACUUUGCGAGAGGGUUUCGUAGAUCAAUCUUCCUAUAAUCAUCAUCAAUAUGGGGCAACAAUCUUUGAUCUAUAGUUUUGUGUCCAGAGGGACCGUGAUUCUUGCAGAGUACACAGAGUUCACCGGAAAUUUCACCUCUAUUGCUUCUCAAUGCCUCCAGAAGCUUCCCGCAACUAACAAUAAGUUCACAUACAACUGCGAUGGGCACACCUUCAAUUACCUUGUUGAAGAUGGCUUCACAUACUGUGUUGUGGCUGCUGAAUCUGCUGGCCGACAAGUGCCCAUGGCUUUUCUUGAGCGAACCAAGGAGGACUUUAACAAGAAAUAUGGUGGUGGGAAAGCUGCUACAGCUGUUGCCAAUAGUCUUAACAAAGAAUUCGGACCCAAACUGAAGGAGCAGAUGCAGUAUUGUGUAGAUCAUCCUGAUGAAAUCAGCAAGCUCUCAAAGGUCAAAGCCCAGGUUUCAGAAGUCAAAGGUGUGAUGAUGGAGAACAUUGAAAAGGUUUUGGAUCGAGGUGAGAAGAUAGAGCUCCUUGUGGAUAAAACAGAGAAUCUUCGAUCUCAGGCACAAGAUUUUAGGACACAAGGUACACAGAUAAGGAGGAAAAUGUGGCUGCAAAAUAUGAAGAUAAAACUAAUAGUUCUUGGAAUCAUCGUUGCCUUGAUUCUGAUUAUAGUUCUCUCAGUUUGUGGUGGCUUCAAUUGUGGCAAGUGAAAGUGAAGUGAAGCUCAUAUAUAAUAUGGUAAAACUUUGUUUAAUUUGUCUUUGUUUUUAUUAAAAAGCCUAUUAUGUUGCAAGAUUGCGUGUAUAUUUUUGUACUUUUAAGACCAUUGAAACAACUUUAUUGCUCUUUGGUCUUUUAACUUGUAGUAGAAUAAUGUUAACAUGUUUGUAAGAGGAUGAAGUUGUAGGAGUGCAUAAGUUCAUAGCAUGGGUUCGUGCUUUUUUGAGGUCA